AACUAUUUCGUAUUUCAUUUGAAUCCAAAAGUAAUAUAAUAGAGACGAGAAUGCAUUCGAAUUCAAAAUAAUGAAUAGUGUAUUUCAUAUUUCAAUCCAUUUAAGUCUAUUUGAAUCCAAAAAUACUCCGAGACUCUAAAGCGCAAACUCGAAUAAAUUAAAAUAAAUUGCAAUUUAUAAUUCAUUCUACAGUAAAAAUUUUUGUUAAUUUUUGUACAAAUUGGAACAUUUUUCAGAAAUUGAUAUUCAAAAAGUCUAUUUUUUUCAGAAUUUUUUAUACAUAUAGAUUUUAAAAUAUUUUGAGAUUUCUCAUCCCAUAAUUUCUAAAACUUAACUUUUAGAUUUUAUAAUAUUUUAUCAAUGUUAUAAAACAAAAAAUAUUAUUCUGAAUUUUUCCGGAAAAUGUUCCCCAAUUCAUAUAGAAAAUCUGAGAAAAAUUUUCUUUUAUAGGGUUUUAAUUUAUUUUCGUUUACUGGGUAGAUUAUAUAUAUAAAAAAAGCUAUGCAAUGUAAUAUUGUAACGAGAUACCUAUAUUAUCAUUAACUAAAAAAUUCCAUAUUCAAGUUUAAGGCUAAGAGCACAGAAAAAUUUAAACAGUAAGACAGAGCAUUUAAAAAAAUCAACAUGUUUUGCUACUACUUAUAUAUCACUGUUUAAAUUUUUGACUGUAAUUGGCUGAUACAUUAACUGUUUAUGUUUUUUUAUGUGCUUUUAGCAUAAUAGUGACAUUACAUGAUGGAAUCAUUCCAUUAUUAGAACUUAAAAGGGUACUCAGGUACUGUCCUAUAACAAAUGGAACUUUAAAAAGCGAAAUCUUGGAAAAGAAAUAGAGUGGAACCCAACCAAUCAGAAUAAUGUAAGUUUAAUGCAUUUUAAUCUUUCGAUGGCUGGGUUCCCCAUAAAGUAACUUAUAGCGUUUUUCACUAGGAAAACUAGUGCGCACUGAGUGUGCACUCGCUGCAGGUAAUUGGGCGUUUCCGUUGACACCAUCAUCGCGCGAACAGAAACGUCCAGUUGCCAGCGGCGAGUGCACAUUCAGUGCGCACUAGUUUUCCCAGUGAAAAACGUUAUUACAGAAAAUGAAAUGAUAUUAAGUUUGUUCGCGUUGCUUGAAAUCCCCAAGAAUUUUUGCACUUAAAUAUGAGAUAAAAAUACAUUUGAGCAUAGAAGAAAAACAAUGAAAAUACUGGGUGCAAAAUCUAAGCAACGUGAACAGACUUAUUCUAAUAGUCUUUUAAUUUCGAAAAUUUCUUCAUUAAAAUUUCGUCUUUCAUAAUGCAAAAAAACAUCUAAAUUUUAUUUUAUAUGGAUUCUUCUACAAUAGUAGUUAUUUAUAACAGAAAAUAAUAGAAAAUGUUUUUAAUCAUUCCUUGAGCAACAAUCAUCAGAAAAUCGAAACAUGCUUAGCUUACAUGAAUCUGAUUGGUUGAUUUCUACUCCACUUAACCCUUUUGUCCCAAACGGUACACAUAUGUAUGUACCAGCAUCAAUAUUUAUAUUCCGAGACGAAAGGAUUAAGCGACGUCUACAAUGGGGUCGUAGAGUCGCAGGAGCAGUUGUAAAUUUCUGUAUUUUCGGUCGUAAUCGUAGGUUGUUUUCCUUUUAAAAGACAAAUCGACACAAGUUAAUACACUCGAAUACAGUCUGACACUCCUUUUGAAUAGAGUCAAAAAGUGUCGAUUGAGUUUGUAAAUGGAAAGCGAAGUGUGUCGCUUUGUAUUAAAAGUGUCGACUGUGUUAUCUAAAAAAACAGCCAUAGUCGCUCGGAGUUCUUCUUAGGCAAUAUUGGCACCCGCUUCUGAAUCUUGCACCAGAAGCGUUACGGCCAUCCCCCAAGUAAAAAUAUUAAAAGCAAAGUCAAGAACUUUCGAGUUGUGUUUAAAUAUAAAUCGGUAUUAGAAAAUAAAGUCAGUAUCAGAGAAUCAGUUAGAAGAUCAAAGCACGAAGGAUAACAACAGCUGUUCGGGCUGGCCGAUUGUGAUGCAAUCGACGGUUAAAAGAAUAUUUCGGUAACGGACAAACACGUUCGAACACGCUAGACUCGCAAUGACGACUGUUACUCGGAGUUGAUUCAAUUCCAAUUCCAGAGACUAUCGUCACUGCGACUGACCAAUCACAAGAGAGCAUGAUAUAUUGCGUAUUAACAGAAACUUCAUGGUGGAUUUACGACCGCUCCUGCGACUCUACGACCCCACUGUAGACGCCGCUGUACUUUUCAGACUCUGCUUUCUGGAGUUCGAAGUUUUGACUGUUAUGAGAUAGUAGUCUGAUUUUCCAAUUAUUGGCCGUCAUGUCAUUGCAGCAACGUGCUUGUGGUCUUGUAAUUUUUCGUCGAUUUCGAGGUACUAUUCAGUACCUGCUAAUGCAGACAUCAUACGGAGAACAUCACUGGACUCCGCCUAAAGGAAAAACAUAUUAUCGUUUGCGAACAGUUUUACAACCUGGCAAGUGGCAAGAAAUGAUAACUGAUAAAUUUUGGGAAGCCACGCAUAUGAAAUGUGGUUUUCAAUUCAAAAAUCAUUAUAUUUCUGGCGAUGCUAAAUCUGGCGUUAUUAAUGAUUGUAAUUUUAACGAUAUAAAUAACAAUAUAAAUGUAUAAAUAUAAAUACAAAUAAAUGUAAAGAUAUAAAGAUAUAAAAGUAAAAACAUAAAUGUAUAAAUAAAAUAAAUAUAACAAUAUAAUAAUAAAUAUAAUAAGUUUUUUUAUUUAAAAAUAUUUUUUUAGGUUAUUGUAAAUGCGGCAGUACAUUAAAAUGUAUCAUAGAGGAUACUGAUCCAUCUGAUGAUUGUGUGAAGUUAAACUGCACAUAUAUACAAGGAAGAGGAAAUUGUAAGAAACGAUAUUUAAGAAAUCCGACAAGAAGAAUUAUUGGCAAGGAAUUACAAAGUAAAUCAGUCCAUGUGUAUCGUGCAGAAAAAGCAAAAGUGUUAAUGGCUGAGGGAGAUGCAGAACCUCCUCACUUAUAUAGCUCUCCUGUUUUACAUAAAGCGAAAUCAGAAGCAGCAAUGGCAGAUUAUGUAGAUCCAGAUGCUCUUAAAGCACUCAUUAUUUUAAAAUCAACAUCAUUGAGGAAUAUAAUCCAUAACAUUGGAUUAGAUCCUGUUUUUGUGCAUUAUUGGAGCAAUCACCAAUUAAAUGUAUACAAAAAAUAUGCCAUUGAAAAUAAUGCAUGUAUAUCGAUAGAUGCAACCGGUAGUAUUAUUAAACACUUAUAUAAAGCGGAUGGAUCAGUAUCGAGACAUAUUUUUCUAUAUCAUUGUGUCAUUAAUUGCAAAAGUGGACAAUUUUCUAUUUGUCAAAUGGUAAGUGAAAGUCACAAUGCAAACUCCAUUCAUUUUUGGUUGGCAGAGUGGAUACGAUCUGGUGCACCUGUGCCUAAAGAAGUGGUAUGCGAUUCAUCAAGAGCACUAUUAAUUGCAAUUAUUCGCGCGUUUACAGGCUACCUUAAUAUAGAAGAUUACGCAGAUGCAUGUAAAAAUUCUAACCUUCCUAAAUGUUAUGUUAGAAUAGAUGUGGCACAUUUUGUAAAAAAAUACUCAAAUUUUUUGAAAACUUUAAAUAAACUUUAAAUAAAAGAGUGAAAAUAUUUUAUCUGGGUGCAAUAGGUCAACUGAUAUUAAGCAGAAAUGUUCUAAGUGCAAAAGAAGUAAUACAAUCUAUCUUUAUAAUAGCACUAUCAAAAACUGAUGGUAAAAUACUGGUUAAAUACUGGUGAUCUUACUCAAUGUGACAAAGCACGUAUUAGGUAAAUUAACAACUUUAAUGACUAAUAUUAAUGAAUUAGAAGUAGACAAUUUUGAGACAAAUAAUAAUAGUGCUAUAUUCGAAAUGGAAGGUGCCACUGAAACAGAUAGCUUUAAUCCUUUCGAAAAUUCAUGGACCAUAUGGGGCAAACAAAUUUUAAACGAUGUUAAAUCAUUAAUUACUAAGGAUGAAGGUAAUAGAAUAAAUCCACUUUAUUUUCCACAAUUAGUGGAUCGUCUUCUAGUUGAUAUAAAAUUAUUACCACUUUGGACAAAUAUUAAUACUGAUAAAUUCGGUUAUGGUCGCAUACCUGCUUCUAGUGCACUGGUCGAAAGUGAAUUUAACAAAUUAAAAUCCUUAGUAUUAAAAAAUUGUCCACUAUUGCGCAUUGAUUCAUUCAUUCAAAAGCACGUUAAUUAUUUACAUGGUAUCAUGAAGAUUGUUAAUGUACCUGAUCAAAAUUCAUCUGUUAACGCGAAAAAUGUAUCAUUAACUCAUACGUCUUUAACAGAGCCUACAACUACUAAUUUAUUAAAUAAUUCAUGUCCUGCAUGUAAGAAUAACGAUGAACCAACAAAUGCACAUAUUUGUUAUUUAUGCGAAAAAUCUGUUCAUGCAUUGCCUCAAUGUUCUUCAGUAUUUAAUGAUUCUGAAGAAGGUUAUGGCCAACGUCGUAUAUGCAUGACAUGUAAAAAUGUUGGAAAUAUAAAAAACAUCCUGGAAAGUCGAGAAACAGAAAAUUGGUGUGGUCUAGAAACAACAAAGUUAAAUAAAAAUAAAUCUUUAUAUCUCGGAAAAUAUCAACACAAAUUAAGAGAUUCUUUAAUAUGUAAAAAAUCUGUAAGAAUACCUAUUUUAAAAAAUGGAAAUAGUCUUGAUUUAAAAUCUUUACAUAUAAAUGAUGGCAAUUACACUAUAACUAAUACUUGUGCUUUCGACAGCAUAUUCCAAAUAUUACUUGCUGCAGGACAUGAUUUAAAUAAUUUACAAAUACAUAUGAAGAAAAUAGAAGACACAAAUUUGUUUUUUAAAUAAAUUAUAAACUGUAUAAAUAAUGUUAUUAGUCUUUUUUUUUGUACAAAUUACGCGCGGAAAUACUGUUAAAAAUAUUUCCUAUUUCUAAUGUUGGCGAUUGUAAUUACGUGAAUUGCGAAACAAAUGUUGGUUACCUAGCAAGUAUUCUCUUCAAAGAUAUUCCAAGUUUUGAAGAAAUAUCUUGUUGCAAUUCCGGUUGUCCACCACGACACAAGAAAUUGACUGUAAUACAAAUAGAUAGAUUGAAAAUCGCAGAAGCAGCAAUUUCUAAUAAUUUUAAUGAGAUAAUAAGGCAGAGUGUUUACCUGGAAGAACAUCCUUGUUGUUCAAAAAAUUGUCUUGGAGUUGAAACAACAACACUAUCUAAAACAGGCAAGUAAUUUUAAUUAUUAAUGAACAUAAAGUAAUUAGUUAUGAAAGUAUAAUAAAAUAAUGUAUUGUUUUGAAACAACAAAAAAUAUUAAUUUUAAUCAUCAUUAAAAUUAUUAAAAGAAAGACUAUAAGAAUCAAAGCACGGAUGUUAAGAUAUAUCACUAGUAAUAUCGCUAAAUUAAGGAUUCUAAAUUGCUCCAAAAAUGUUAUUUUUAACUUUGUUCUUUUCUUUUAUAAUAAAAAAGUUUUUAUAUUUUAAUACUUAUGUUUUAAUAGAAAUGUACUAUACUUACUUUCUUUUGAAUUAACAAUUAUUUAUUUUCCAGGAGAUAUUGUUGUUUUUGAAAUCUUCUCCACCACAGAAAAUGAUUCAGAAAUUAAAUCGAACAACAUCAAUAAAUCAUUCAAAAAUCCAUUGAAUGAAGUAAUAUAUAAGUUACUCGGAAUUGUAACUUAUAAAAGACCCGUUUCAACAAGAGGCAUACAAACAAUCGGACAUUAUACAGCUAUAUGCUUAAGAGUUGGACAAACAUGGGUCGAAUAUAAUGACCUAGAAAAAAAAGAAAGGAUUAUUAAAGAUAAAUCUUUAAUAACACCUGCCUUAUUAAUUUAUAAUUCUUAUAAUUCUUAAAAUUAAGAUUUAUAUUAUUUAUAAUAGUUUAGUAUUUAGUAUUAGAAUAGUUUAAAAUAUAAAAUUUGUUUAGUUUAAUUUCUACAAUAAAAUAUAAUACAUAUAAUUAUUUGAAUCUAUAUUUAAUUAUCCAAAAUACAUGCUGACAUCCGCCCAAACGGUGAUCAAGAAGACACUAUCGUUUCAAAGACUAAACAGGAAGAAUAUCUUCAUAAAUGUUUUGUAGUACAGAAACAGUAGUAAAUAAAAAGAUAAGAUAUUUCAUGUUGGCAGGACCACGAUUUUUUUUUAAUAACACAAAAAAAAUUUUCUUUGGUGGUACAAAAUAGUACAUAAUCGGUAGUAAAUAAAAAAGUAAAUUUGGUUCAAUUUAAUUAAUUAAAUUCUGAAAAAAUUGAAAGAGAAAUGCCUUAUUACGAAAUAGGGGUUGUUUUAAAGGGUUAAUGAAAAUAUUUUCAAGUUUUUUGAGUGGUACAAAUUAGUACAAAUUUUGUACUAAUGGAAUCUAUCGAUAUUUAUCAUUUUUUAAUCAUUUUUAUUGAGUUAUGUUUAUUUCAUGUUGGCAGGACCACGAUUUUUUUUUAAUAACACGGGGUACAAAAUUUUCUUUGGUGGUACAAAAUAGUACAUAAUCAGUAGUAAAUAAAAAAGUAAAUUUGGUUCAAUUUAAUUAAUUAAAUUCUGAAAAAAUUGAAAGAGAAAUGCCUUAUUACGAAAUAGAGGUUGUUUUAAAGGGUUAAUGAAAAUAUUUUCAAGUUUUUUGAGUGGUACAAAUUAGUACAAAUUUUGUACUAAUGGAAUCUAUCGAUAUUUAUCAUUUUUUAAUCAUUUUUAUUGAGUUAUGUUUAUUUCAUGUUGGCAGGACCACGAUUUUUUUUUAAUAACACGGGGUACAAAAUUUUCUUUGGUGGUACAAAAUAGUACAUAAUCGGUAGUAAAUAAAAAAGUAAAUUUGGUUCAAUUUAAUUAAUUAAAUUUUGAAAAAAUUGAAAGAGAAAUGCCUUAUUACGAAAUAGGGGUUGUUUUAAAGGGUUAAUGAAAAUAUUUUCAAGUUUUUUGAGUGGUACAAAUUAGUACAAAUUUUGUACUAAUGGAAUCUAUCGAUAUUUAUCAUUUUUUAAUCAUUUUUAUUGAGUUAUGUUUAUUUCAUGUUGGCAGGACCACGAUUUUUUUUUAAUAACACGGGGUACAAAAUUUUCUUUGGUGGUACAAAAUAGUACAUAAUCAGUAGUAAAUAAAAAAGUAAAUUUGGUUCAAUUUAAUUAAUUAAAUUCUGAAAAAAUUGAAAGAGAAAUGCCUUAUUACGAAAUAGAGGUUGUUUUAAAGGGUUAAUGAAAAUAUUUUCAAGUUUUUUGAGUGGUACAAAUUAGUACAAAUUUUGUACUAAUGGAAUCUAUCGAUAUUUAUCAUUUUUUAAUCAUUUUUAUUGAGUUAUGUUUAUUUCAUGUUGGCAGGACCACGAUUUUUUUUUAAUAACACGGGGUACAAAAUUUUCUUUGGUGGUACAAAAUAGUACAUAAUCGGUAGUAAAUAAAAAAGUAAAUUUGGUUCAAUUUAAUUAAUUAAAUUUUGAAAAAAUUGAAAGAGAAAUGCCUUAUUACGAAAUAGGGGUUGUUUUAAAGGGUUAAUGAAAAUAUUUUCAAGUUUUUUGAGUGGUACAAAUUAGUACAAAUUUUGUACUAAUGGAAUCUAUCGAUAUUUAUCAUUUUUUAAUCAUUUUUAUUGAGUUAUGUUUAUUUCAUGUUGGCAGGACCACGAUUUUUUUUUAAUAACACGGGGUACAAAAUUUUCUUUGGUGGUACAAAAUAGUACAUAAUCGGUAGUAAAUAAAAAAGUAAAUUUGGUUCAAUUUAAUUAAUUAAAUUCUGAAAAAAUUGAAAGAGAAAUGCCUUAUUACGAAAUAGGGGUUGUUUUAAAGGAUUAAUGAAAAUAUUUUCAAGUUUUUUGAGUGGUACAAAUUAGUACAAAUUCCGUACUAACUGUAUACGCUGUAUUUUUUAUUUAUAUUAAUUUUUUUUUUUUUGGUCCUGCUAGCUGAAUAUGAAGUUGGCAGCGCCACGAUUUUUUCGUAAAUGGCACGGGGUACAAAAUUUUUUUUUUUGGUACAAAAUAGUACAAAAUGAGUACUAAAUUUUCUGAUAAGUCGCAUUCGAUUCUGCUAAUUUGGUCCUGCCAACUUAUUAGAGGU